CUUGACUCACUCCCUACCCCCUCGAUUGCUUCCUGCCUUCCAAAUGCCCUGUUCUUUGUUGGUUCUCGCGCUGUAUCUCUUUUCUUCGGCAUGAUUCCGAAAGCCCCGAGCCAUCAGUCAGGCCGGGUUGGAUGGAAUGGCCUCCCUUCCGCGUCCUCCCUCACCAUCACUUUCUUCUCUCCUCGCGUCUGCUCUCUUUUUCCCGUGAUCUUUCGCUCACUGACUGGCGAACCCACUGAAACCAUCUAGGGUUAGCUCGUAAUUGUGUUCCUUGUGUGUUUCUGACUCCUGGCGCGUCGCCGUUUGCAGCAGAUUGUUCAGCGGAUUUUUUGUUGGCCUAGGCGAUUUGCACCUGAAUCCCUUAUCUUGGGUUUUCGGUGUCGUCACCAGCGGCAGGAGGCCUCACUUGGGACGUCUUAGAAUGGUACAGUGCUCCUCUUGCUCUCUUGAAGUUUGGGUUGCCAAGCUCUAGCGGACACUGCUGGUGUCGGAGGUUGUGGAGAGAUUUAUCCCCAGAAUCAGUGGGGCUGAUUUAGUAGCAGUGUCGGCAGAAGGGUGUUUUUAACCCUUCUGCGACUCUUAUUCAUGUCAAGGAGCUGUUUCGUUGGAGAAGCGAGGCACAUUGAGGGGAUACCGCCAUCGCGUGCGAGAUCAUGAGUUGAGUAUGAGUGAAGGAUUUGAGGAAGUUGUUUUGGGGUUAUUGGCUUUCUGAUUGGGUUCAAGGCUGGUACCAUAUCCCGGAAAGAUACACCUCGCAGCCGACCGUAGUUCGUACGAAAUAUGAUGAGGGCGCCGUAGUCAAUCAUAUCAGGUCAAGUCAUCAGGUCAACCUGGUGUGGCCCAGGGAUCCAUGUGACGUCGUGCUCACCACCGCGGUACUUCGAUGUACCAGUCAAGCUCAUGGGGCUUGACAAUAUUGGUGUUAAUGACUGCAGUUUUGUCAUUCGUAUUCAACCCAUCAACCUUAGAGCAUAACUUGAACACUGGGCGAGGGCCUUGGGGAGAGAAUUUGGGCGAGUUAUCGAAAUGGAUAUGGGUGCAUCAAAUCCUUGCAAAAUGAGGUUCCCUACGAUUCUCUCCGUAAGUAGCUGUGCAGCCAGCUGAGGAGGAUGAGUAGUGAGCAACAUCUAGCACCCACAAGUUGCGUCCCAGCAGUCAGAGCAGAAAGAUUCUGCGCAGUUGUGCUGGAUGCUCCAUUUUAUUUAGAAAAGUUGAAAGGAGAGCAUGAGUCCCCAGCUAAAGACACACCAGAGAAUAUCUGUGCUUCUUCAAUGUGGGGGAGCAUGACGAAGUGGUUCACGGUGCUCUCUCAUUGUUAUGAUCGUUGCCGCGGGGGCCGGCUUAGCCCGCCGCGUGCUUUCGAUCCUGAAAAUGAGCAGCAGGACAAUGGAUUUCGACGUUCGCAUCGUCGAAGAUACUACUACAGCAUGUUCUCUGUUCGCCUGGCGAUCAUGAUCAUGUUAGCUGUCUUGAUAGCGUUGUUGACCAUUUUAACGUGGCACUUCACCACGGUGUACACCACAAGAUCAAUCAAGAAUUUGGCGUAUGGUUUACGCACGGAGCUUUUGAACCGCCCUAUUGCUCGCAUGUGGAACCUGCUGAACAACACGGUUGAAGCCACUUUGAGCCAGGUCCAGCUCUCACAGUUCGUGGUAGGGCAAUACACUCUUCCGAUGGAUGCAGCCACGCAAGUGCAGGUUCAUAGGAGCAUGAGGAAUGCGACUUGGGCGAUUUUCGCUAGUCGGAAAUCUGCAAAGUCUAUUAUAGUCGCAUACAGAAAUGGCCAACUGCAAGCAUUUGAUAGAGAUUCGACCACCAACAAUACCAUCUAUGUAUACACAAAUGCAUCGGCUGGCGACCCUUUGGGCGGAGUAGAUUUGCUUAGCCCCUCUCCUGCUGCUGCUCCUUUAACAGAUGCUCCGGUGACGACGUGGCCGGAUGGUCCUGUUAAUACUAGCAACAUAACCUGGUACACCGAGACGGUCAACUCUUACACCGGUGGAUCCAGUUCUCCGCCUAAUGUCACUCAAUCAUACGAUUUGUCGAAAAGUAUCGACGACGUGCUAUUUCUGAGGAACACCGAGGUCACAUGGCGCGUGACUGUCAGUGAAUUCGAGGAUACACCGCUUUUGUCCAGUGCGGCUCCUAUUCGUCAUCAGGGUUCAGACAUGAUUGUGGCGGUGACUGGCAUCACAACUGCACUCUCCAGUAUUAGCCAGUUCCUUCGGGAACUCACGUCUACGCACAGCGGCUACUUGUACUUAACAACAUCGAAGGGUCAGCUUCUGGCGGCUUCCACGAAUUCAUCAAUGAUAAACACCUCGGGGCCCAUUAGAACCCUUGUGAUGGCUAAUGAAUCCAGCGACGCAGUCAUAAAAGCUGGGGCUCAAUGGCUGAAUGAACGCUAUGGUUUUGAGGGGCUAGUGCAAACGGUGGUUCAUGCCGAGAAUGUCGUCCUGGAGGGUAAACGUUAUUACAUCGACACGUUUUGUUUGUCGCUUCCCCGACUGAAAAUGGUUGGUGUGAUUAUCAUACCAAGAACGUAUGUAAUGGGGGAAGUUGAUCGAAGGGGAAAAGCCACGUUGGCUAUAUUGAUUGCAAUCUCUAGUUGCAUACUUCUUGUGGGCUGCGUCUUUAUCAUAUUUUUUACAAGUGGCGUGUCCACUGAGAUGAAACUGAGAGCUGAGCUAAUCAAACAUCUGGAUGCAAGAAGGCGAGCGGAGGCAUCUAGUAACUACAAAAGUCAGUUUUUAGCAAACAUGAGUCACGAGCUCCGGACACCGAUGGCUGCUGUAAUAGGUCUUCUGGACAUACUUUUAUCUGACGAUUGUCUUUCAUCGGAGCAAGUGAACAUGGUGUCUCAAAUACGCCGCUGCUCCACAGCACUUCUUCGCCUACUGAACAACAUUUUGGAUAUCAGCAAGGUGGAGUCCGGCAAGCUUGUCCUUGAAGCGGCCGAUUUUGAUCUUAACCGGGAGCUUGAAGGUUUAGUGGAUAUGUUUUCAGUGCAGUGCGUGGACCAUGACAUUGAGAUUGUACUGGACUUAGCUGAUGAUAUGCCCCGAAUGGUCAGAGGAGAUUCUGCACGCACAGUACAGAUUUUUGCCAACUUGAUUGCGAAUUCUGUCAAGUUUACUUCUUCUGGGCAUGUGAUUCUUCGAGGUUGGAGCGGUUCUACAAACAUGUCAGCCAAUGCAAUGAGGAGUGGGUUGCUGUUUGGCACAAAUGAUAUGUGGGAACCAAAUUGGCAGGGCGAUGUAACAGGGGGAACUAACAAUCAGGAUCUGGGAAAGUUUCUUCUGUGGUUUGAAGUGGAAGACACUGGAUGUGGUAUUGAUUCGAGCAAAUGGGAAGCUGUAUUUGACAGUUUUGUUCAGGCGGAUCCCUCCACUACUAGAACGUAUGGAGGAACAGGCCUUGGACUUUGUAUAGUUCGUUCUUUGGUUCGGAAAAUGGGAGGAGACAUCAAAAUUGUGAAGAAAGAAGGGCCUGGGACACUGCUUCGUUUGUACCUUGUGGUUGGCCAACCAGUUGAUAGUGAACCUGAGAUGCCUCGUAUGUCUGUUCCUUUCGAGCUGGAGAACGCUAAGGUGCUACUUGCAAUGAAAGGAGAUGUAGGAAGAGGCAUUCUGGCUCAAUGGAUGCAUUACAGAGGGCUUCAUGUGUAUGAGGCAUCUGAGUGGGAUGAAGCAGUUCAAGUUCUUGAAGAUCUCUUGACGGAUGAGCAUAGCGGUAGCUGGGGUAAUGGCACUGAUGAAGGUGAGUUCGUUUCGCCCGAAGCAAAAUAUCGAAAAUCUGGCCGAUCAAUCGGAGCAUCUCGUGAUGCUAAGGAGAUACCUGACGAUGAAGUAAGCUUGGUCUUAUCAGGAAAUCCAGAGCAAUGGGAGAUGCAGAAUUUCAAGUCUCUAGCUGUACUCGACUCUGAGCUAAUACCUUGGUCGGAGAAUUCGAAACAAGUCGAAUCCAUGCUUGAUGUAUUAGAUGAAUUUAGAGAUCGGGGCAUUUUGAUCUCAUGGCUUUUCACACAUGAUACUCCAAAUGCGCUCAAGACGCAGUUGCGGCGAAGAGGUUAUUCGAUCACUGCAAAUCAACCUUUAUAUAAGUCUAAACUGUUGCAAUUAUUGACUUCUAUGCUGGGAUGCAUAGAAAGAGGAAGCUCUAGGCAUUCAAUUUUCGACCUUCAAGCAUCGCCUGUAAUGAGCAACGGACACCGCAAUUCAGGAUACUUUGACGACAUCAAAUCUGCUGCUAUUGACCGCUAUGAACUGGAAAAGCAACAGUCACAGGUUCAGAGCAAGCUCGGGCUUUCAGGAUCCAGCAAGUCUCUGCCUAAGGUGCUGGAGGAUCUACCUUCUAAGGACCUGGGAGGCACGGAUCAAGGAUCUAAGCGAUUUUCAGUGAUUGAAAGAAAACCUGGAAACUCAGUUAACAACAAUCCAAGCGGCGCUCAGGGGUUCUUGCCUUUGACACAUGAGCAUGUGAAACUAGAGUCCAUUAUCCUCAGUAACUAUGGUCCAUCAGGUAAUCCAAUUAGUGUACCUGUUAGCUCGAAUAUUGAUGCCACCGGCGGUUCCAGCGAGUUGCCGGAAACACCUCUUCUUUCUGCUAACGCAGAUUCACCUUCAAUAUUACCCAUGAGCAAUUUUAGAGGAGAUGGAAGCGAUGGUCAUCAUGUCGUGCAUAUCUCUCCAUCCAUGAGUCUUCUAUCGAAUCAAUCACAUUCAGAGGCAUCUAAACCCCAAGAUGCAUCGAACUGGUCUAAUCAGGAUGCCACCAAGACACAAGCCUUAGUUACUCAUUCGAAUGAGACUAAGGAGCCAAGCAUUCGUGGGAAUGGCGAUCCACCGGGCAUUGGGGUUCCUCGAACCCUCCAUGAACUUGAGGACAGAACUAGAGAACGAGACUUGAAAAAUGUUCACAAGAAUGAAACUGUUCUUCAUGCUGUUAGUAAUCAGAUAGAAUCCCCUGGACCUCCUCCUCCUCCUCAAGUUUCGCCCUCACCAAAUCCUGUUGUCUCACGACCCGCCUCUGACGCAAAGCCAAGUACACGAAGUGUUCCAGCCAGAAAGGCUUCUGCGAAUCGGUUGGGUCCCAGUAAUGCAUUGGCUGGCAUUCGCAUCCUGCUCGCUGAGGACACACCAGUUUUGGCAAAAGUUGCCACCAUCAUGUUGGAAAAGAUGGGUGCGCGCGUUGUUGCAGUGGGUGACGGAUUACAAGCUGUUGAAACUAUUGGCAGAUCUCGUGAAGCUCAAAACGUUGCAGAGACUGGGGAAUCCACGACUCCUCCGACUGUAGACAAGUUCGAUCUUGUGCUUAUGGAUUGUCAGAUGCCGAGAAUGGACGGAUACGAGGCCACUAAAGCCAUUCGAAAAGCGGAGGAGGGAAAGGAUUGGCACUUACCGGUUGUUGCUUUAACUGCCCAUGCAAUGUCAUCCGAUGAAGCGAAGUGCCUGCAAGUGGGAAUGGAUGCAUACCUCACAAAACCGAUCGACAGCAAACUCAUGGUGUCAACGAUUCUUGGUUUAACCAAGAAAGGAACAGGGUGAGAGAGCGUUAGUUCAUUCUCCGAGGAUAGUGACCCCGAUGUCAAGCACUGAUACUUCUUUUUUUUUUUCUUUUUUUUUUUUUUUUUUUUUUUUUUUACUGGUGGCCACGCUUUUUUCCAAGUGGGUAACAUGAUCACCUUCUUGAUUGAACCAUAUUUUUCAUUUUUAGGCAGUUCUAGACUGUUGUGCAGCUUGUCGAAGGAAGAUUCUCAUGCAGACACCAUAUUUUUUUAGAUGUUCGACCGCCAACUUCAAAUGUUUUUCAGUAUUGCCCACCCCAGGGCCACCCUUUUAUAUUGUAAUUGUGACGUUGGAUCCUGUCUCUUAUCCACUA